AUGCCGCCGUCUUCCUACACAUCCUCGUACCACUCGCCUCCGCAACGACUCUCGCAGCACCGGCGGCACCGGAGCUCGACCGUGUCCUCAUCCGAGAGCGCCUACUACUCUCCUCCGCAGAGCUACUACUCGCCGCCGCAGCCCAGCUACCACUCCUCGCACUCGCACUCGCACUCCUCGCCCCACCACUCCUCCCCUCACCACCACCAGCACCAGCAGCAGCAGUAUGCACCCGCACCCCCCGCCGAGCGCUUACCCAACUGCUCCGUCUGCGACUCGCCCGCAAAGCACGCGUGCGCCUGCGAGCUCAGCUCCCUGAUCGUUGCGGUCGAGGAGGCGGAGGCGAAGGUGCUGUCGGGGGUGUGGGACGAUAUCCGACGAUACGUCACGACGCGCGCACAAUCGCAGAUCCAUGCGGACUUUGCGGCGGUGACGGCGCAGCGACGCGCUAUGGCGAGGACGGUGGUGCAGAGGGAUGUAGACGAGGACUGGAGGAGGUGUGUGCAGAGGUAUCCCGAGAUACUGGAGGCACAGUAUAGGCGUGUGGAGGAGGCGGUUAGGAGUGGGAGGGGGGUGGCGGAGAUACUGGGAGGUGGAGGUGGGGGGAGGAUGAGGGUUGUUUAUGAAUGA